AUGGAUAAAAGACUUUCUCUAAUUGAACUUCUUGAAGAUUUUUCAAGUUCUCAAAAUGAUACCGGUCAGACGCGAAAAAUCUUAAUAGAACGGUGUACCAAUGCUUCAAAAAUUGAACUAGAGGAAUUUACCAACGAUUUAUCGGGGCUUCUGUGCAACUCUCCCGAUGACUACCUAUCAUUUUUUCAAUAUCUCUAUGAUGAUUCUACACGUCAUAACAAAUGGCUUCCCAAUUUCGCAUCAAUGUUAAUCAAUAAUGCAAUAGUACCGAACUUGAAACAUUCAGAUAUUCAUAGCUUUGGAUUAAUCCUUUACUAUUGUAUCGAAUUCCUCUGGCGCGUUCGAAAUGACAACUCAAAUUUAGCUUCUCAAACAUUAAAACGCGUCAUCCACGCAAUAAUUAGCGAGGAUGGUGUCUUGGGAAUUUUAAUAUCAGGUGCCCCUGGUCGCCGUUGUUUCAAGCGCGUUCUAUUCGACUUCGAAUUAUCUAAUCAGAUUGAAAGAGAUGAAUUGAUUAAAGCGGUAGAUAUCAUCAUGACUCUUGUGGAAAAAUGUUAUGAUCAUAAAGAUAUUUCACCUCGGCUUUCAGAAGUAUUUCCCAUAUACAAAGCCUGCACAGCAUUAUUGAAAACUUUAAGAACCCAACAUACAGAACUGAUCACCAAAAAAGACAUAUUACCACCUACUCUGCAAAACAUGGUUAAACUUGAAAACAAGGAAUACAGAACUAAACAUGGAAACGAUAAACAUAAAGCAACAGCUAGCAACUCUAAUAUAAACUUAGCCUUAUCUACUCAAGAUGAAAAACACCUCACUCUUUUGAAGAUAAAAUUCCCUCAAAAGCUAUCAAAUUUAUCUAACUUUUUGCGAGAAAUAGAACAACGGAAAAUAAAUCUAUUUCAGGAUUUGAUGGAAUUCAUGCCAUGUACCAGUUGUCACAAUAGAGCCCUCUCUAAUCUUUAUCCUGAUAAAUAUUUUUGGCUCAUGGAACAAGAGAUGGUUGAGGAGGAUAGCGGAAAGGCAUCAGAACGACUUUUAUGUCUUCCAUUCGAAUUUAAUGAAGAUGAGCUUGGACCAUGGGAUAUUCUACUAAGUGAAGAUGCAAUUAAAGACAUGCGGAUAUUGGAUAUUGAAACAACUGAUGCAAUUAUGAAGAAACUCUGGUAUAUAUCUUCAGGCAAAUGGGAAAAGUUCGACUUAAUACGCAAGGUGUCAUCAUCCCAUGAUAUUCCUGUUUAUGAAGUUGAAGUUUCAAUUCCAGACAAUAAUAAUGGUCCGAGGAUCAUAUGGCAAAUUGAUUAUGGGUUUUCUGUUCGCAGACAUUCGCUCUUUCAACAUAUAAAGAUUUGGGCUAUCACUGCUAACCAACAACAAAUCAACUCGAUAAUAGAAAAACUUGAGAUAGUUCAUCAAGUUUAUAAUACUGAAUUUAAGAAUCAGUGUAAAUUACAACAAUCAAGUAAAAUUGGAGUUUUUUUACCAAUGUGCUUUGGAGAUGUGCAGGGAACAAAGUCCAUCGAUGACGAUCCAGAGAUGGAUGAUGAGAAACUACUAGAAGUUCAUAAGAUACUUAUUACUAAUAAGUUUUUUCCUUUAUCAAAGGAUUUGAUCAGGUCACUCGUAUUGGAUGGCUCCGACUUCACUUUUCAGGUUUCCAAAACUGAGUACGAGAUCAUCAACAGUCCUACUUCAGCUAUUAUCAUUGGUCGAUCAGGGACCGGAAAGACAACAAGCAUCGUGUUUAGACAGAUCGCUUCAUACCUAAUAAAUCAACUCAGUAAAACGCCGUCUUUAAAUGGUCACAGCAAGAAUUUCAACAAAAGGCAAAUAUUCAUUACAGUUAGUGACAAUCUAUGCGACCGAGUAAAGGAAUACUUUUAUAAAUUGCUAAAAGCAGCUGAACUUGCUAGAAAAAAGAUAUCGGCUGAUGAAUCUAAUGAACAAGUGAAAAAAGGAGAAGAAUUUGUGAUUAAAAAGUGUGCAGAAAUUCCUGAUUCAUUCCAUCAAUUGAAUGACGACCAUUUCCCAUUAUUUAUUACCUAUGACAAGUUUUCUAAAAUGCUUCAGGGGACUUAUGGAAUUGAUGCUCAAAAAUUUAUACAAAAAAAGCAUGAUGCGGAAGACGAUGAUAUAAAUAAGAGUGAAGAUGAGGAAUUCCGCCAUAGAUCCUCUUUAUUAAACUUACCUAAUGCAUCUAGUGCAUCUUGGUAUCACUUUGUUGAUUAUGAUCUUUUCCAAACAAAAUAUUGGCCUCAUUUUAGUGAUCAACAUAGGAAGAAACUGGAUUGCGAGCUAGUUUAUUCCGAAUUCUCUGUUAUCAAGGGAACGGAUCCCGAUGUAAAUUUUUUAUCAAGGGAGGAUUAUCGAAUUAUCAGCACAAGAAAAUAUCCAUUAUUCCGUUACAAUCGUGAUGAAAUUUACGAUUUAUUUGAACGUUAUGAAAAAAUGAAAGCCAAAAAUGAUGAUUAUGACUCAACGGAUAGAACGCAGGCAAUCUUUCGUUACAUUAAAACGAAAUCACUUUUUGAGCCACAUAUUCAUGAAGUGUAUAUUGAUGAAUGUCAGGACAACAAAAUCGUGGAUUUGGCACUUAUAUUGAAACUAUUUGACCGAGCUGAUAAAAUUUUUAUGGCCGGAGAUAUUGCGCAAUGUAUUGCCCAGGGAUCCUCUUUCCGAUUCCAAGACUUACGCGCAUUGAUAUAUAAAUGGGAAAAAAAUCGGAUCCAAACUAUUUGUAAUCCACUUAAACCAAAACAGUUCGAGCUAGAUACUAACUACCGUUCUCACAAUGGAAUUCUUCGACUUGCUGCAUCGGUAAUUGAUCUCAUUUUGCAAUUUUUCCCAGAUUCCAUUGACAAGUUGAAGCGUGAACGUGGUGAAAUUGGUGGUCCGCGUCCUAUAAUAUUUGAGGGAUUUCAGAGCGAAAGCUUCCUUUUUGAUGUCUUCUCUGUGGGUGAAUCCACGCCCGAAGGUAUUGAAUUUGGUGCAGAUCAGGCUAUUAUAGUACGUAAUAAAAAAACUCAAGAUCGUCUGAAGAAUUAUGGAAUGGUUUUGACGGUUUUCGAAGCGAAGGGCAUGGAGUUUAAUGAUGUGCUGUUAUAUAAUUUCUUUUCUGAUUCAGAUGCAGGUCUAAAGUGGCGAGUAGUUCUCAGUGCUUUGAGUGAUUAUUCCAAAGGGAUACAAACUUUCUCUCAUGAAAAACAUUACAUCCUUUGUUCUGAGCUCAAGAAUCUUUAUGUCGCAGUAACCAGGGCUCGCCAGCGUCUCUGGAUUUUUGAUGAAAAUGCUGAAUACGGUGAAUCUAUGAAAAAGUACUGGGUGGAUCAGAAACUGGUUCAAGUGAUUCGAAAAAUGAUACGAAGUGGAGAAGAAGUUGGCGCUUUCUCUUCUUUGGCUAAGAAAAGUAGUCCACAAGAGUGGGAUCUACAAGGUGAAAAAUUUUUAGCACGGCGGCAAUAUGAACUGAAGAUUGCCAGGGAAUCUUUUAUUAAAUCAGAUGUCAAUAAUAUAAAGCCUAAUUUCAUUUCUGCCGCCAAGGCCUUUAUAGAUUGUUCCAAACCAACUGAGGCGGCUUUAUGUUAUAAGGAUAUUGAUAUGUUUAAAGAAGCUGGUGAUGUUUGCGCUAGAUGGGAAAUGUAUGAGCCUGCUGCACGUUAUUAUACAGAUGCCAAAAUGUGGCUUGAAGCGGGAGAUAAUUUUGCAAAAGCAAAGAAGUGUAAUGAAGCUGUUGUAGCCUAUAAAAAUGGUAGCUUAUACUCAAUCCUAAUUGACUUUAUGCUAAGGGACGAAAUUGACGGAAAGAUAUUCCGCCGUAUUAGUCGUCUUGUCAACAUCCAUUAUCGCAAAAAGAACGAUAAGGAAAUGAGUGAGAAAGCUCUUUCUCUUCUAUUAGAAGAGGAACGAAUUGAGUUUCUGAAAGAUCAUGCACCCAAAGAGCUUCUGGAGUUCUAUACGAAUGAGGGUCAACAUCAUGACGCUGCCGAAUACUAUCGCGAACGCGGAAAAUUCAAGGAGGCUGCCGACAUGUUAAGCAAAGAUCUUAGUAAAGAAGAGAGCAUUAUUGAAUCAUUAAAGUGCCAUUUGCAUCUUUGUAAAGUAAAUGUACUAGUAGAUACGAUGAACAACAAAGAUGCCCUAGAAGAAUUAUUUAAUUUACUUUCCAAUGCGCUUAAUAACGUUGCGAAAGUCAAAUUACAACCUUUAAGGAAAUCACUGACGGAAGAUUUCCAGUUAUAUAAAGCCUAUUUUAUGAAGGACCUAAAAAGUGUUCAAAAAGAUCUAUUAAUUUUCCAGGAGCGUAAUGAUACCGUUAACGAGUUUCGGGCAUUAAACAUAUGGUUGAAGAUUUCGCCGCAAUCCGGUAUUGAGUGUUGGCAUGAACGAUUGCAACAUAUAAUGAGGCUUUGCAGAUUAUCCUAUAAUUUUAUAGACCCACGUAAAAAUGUUCACAACAAAGAGGAAAUCAACAAAGAAGAAAUAAACAAAAUCUUUGAAGAAGUUUUUUUCGUUGAAAAAGUACAAGAUCGUCCAGAUAAACGGAAAAUUUCUUCUGAUAAUCCACUUAUUUAUCAUAUAAAUGAAAUGCGUGACAAAAACAAAAUAGACUAUUUAGAAGAUUGGCAGGUUUUUAACGUGGAUGAUGUGCACAGGGCAAUUUCGAAGUUUCUUGCUUCAUAUAUUUAUGAGCUUAUCUCUAAGGUCGAUCAAGAGGGUAGAAAGAUUCCAGAAAUAUCUUCUGAAAUUUGCUACGAGUAUAUUAAUGCUAACUGUAAAUGGCAGAGUUGCCGAAAUCAUCAUGUGGAUCCCAAACCUUUAAUUCUUCAGAACCGUGUUAAGCUUGCAUGUCUUCAGUACUCUGUAAUGCGACAAUUAGAUACAAUAUACCAUCGUCGUUUACUUACUGAUGAAAAUAGUAAAUUAGUUCUGGGUAAACAAAGGUUUUGGGCUGAAAGACUGCUAACCGAUCAUUUUCGUUAUCAAUCCCCACAAUCAAGUUGUCUAGAAAUCACUUAUGCAGCAAUCAAAAAACUUCCUAAACACACAUAUAGUGGGCUUGUUAAAGUUUUGUUGCAUAAAGAUCUCAAUCUCUCUGACUUUGCACAAAUAUUAAAACGCAUAUUCGUUUUAUUUCAAUUGCGGUGUUCAUGGGGAAUUGAUAAGUUUCACUGGGAAACAUCAUUUAUUACUUAUAAUUCAGAACCUGGUUUUGUAUACAAUUACACUGGCGGAUAUUAUGAAUCAGUCGCAAGGCGACUUGCUUUAUUCGUAGAAGCUCUCCGCAUCAACCGAGUGAUUACGGCGAUAAGACACUUAAAGAAAUUCAUUUAUCAUUCUUUAGAUUAUUCCGAAGAAGUUAACAUAAUUAAAUAUGAAUCUUUUAGUGAUCUUACAUCUCUUUUGGAAUUCACAACGUUUCUGAUUUUAGCCGCUCGUCCUGGACCUUGCGAUUUUUUCAUUCCUCAAAGUUAUUUGGUUAACUAUUACGAUUCAUUCAACUUGAAUCCAUACCUUAUAUGUCUAAACAGCGAAAAUAAAUACAAAAGAAUAACCUAUGACAAAGCAAUUAAGGGUUUAUACUAUCAAGCUAAAAAGGUUCUCUAUAUUAUUACGAAGGAUUUCAGGAAAAAUUUAAGAAACCAAAUUCGCAUUGAGAAAUGUAAUAAAUAUCUAUUAGUAACUAAUCGAGGACAGCUUGUAGAUAUUCUAAAUAAUGACCUUAAAGAGAAUGGCUAUGAUUCUUUAGUUAUAGUUUACCACAACUGGGGAGGAAUGUAUAAGUCUAGAUUUUCUUCUUGGAUGAAAUCUGAGAUCACGAUGAUUUCAUAUUACGAUAUUGAUGACUUUCGUUCUUCUCUCCAGAGAAUUACUUCCGAAGAAAAUGUAGAACCAAACGCCCCAAACGAUCAAAUUUUAUUUCAACCAAUUCUCAAUUCUCCCUGGGCCCCAGAAGCAGCAAGUAAAAUCCAAAUCUGGUUCCGUCGGAUUGAAAAGAAGUCUCGUCAAUCUCAUCCUGAUCCUACCCUAGAUUUUGUCUAUAAAGAAGUAAAAUUAUUCUGUCAAAACACAAUGAAUGAGGAAGAAAACAAAACAGUACACAAAUAUAACAUGCUCUUAAUGGGUUCAACAGUAGAUACCAUUGUGGAACUGCUUAAAUUGAAAGACAAAAUGGACAAAACUAAGAAAAGAUUGAAAAAAAUAAUUGAUAGUUCUUCUGAUGACCAAAAGAUCGAAUCUUGUAUUGAGCUUGACGAUGAACUAAAGUUCAUCCAUAAUGAAAAUGUUAAAUCAUCAUUGGAAUUAUUAUCAAUAAAUGAGAACUCGGAGCAACAUAAAAAAGCAAAUAUUGAAUGGUUAGAAUAUGAAUUACAGCAAGCAGAGGAAUUUAUUGAUUCGGUUUGGGACUGGAUAGAAAAAUGUAAAAAAUUCUGA